AUGGCCGCUGCAAACAAUAUGCACAAUCUCACCACGCUCAUCAAGAGGUUGGAAGCUGCAACCUCACGGCUCGAAGAUAUCGCGACUGCGACUGAGCUGCCCAAAGACGUGCCUGCCUUGAACCAGACAACGGCUACCCCGACGGACGCGUCCUCCGCUGCUACACGCCCUCCGGUAGGCGCAAUGCCAACGACAUCCGGUCCAAAGCAAACCGUGGAGCAAGUCCCCGAGGCAAUCGAAGAGUUCCAGCAGUUCAUCAGCUCCUCCGUGGACAAAUAUGCCAAGAUUAGCAAUGAAAUCGGUGGCGUGGUUGCUAAACAGGCUGCCGAGGUUGUUAGAGGAUUCCAAGAGCAGAGCAAGUUUCUACUCAUUACAACCAGAGCGACCAAGCCGGAUGCGUCAACGUACCAGACCCUUCUCAAACCAAUCAACGAUGCGUUGAUGGCCGUGACCGAGAUUAAAGAUUCGAAUCGAUCCGAUCCAAUGUAUCCUCACCUAAGCGCUGUCGCCGACGGAAUCAUGAUGCUAGCAUGGAUUACACUUGACAACCGGCCCUACAAGCACGUAGAGGAGAGCUUGGGUUCAGCCCAAUUCUUCGGCAACCGGGUACUUAAAGAACAGAAAGACAAGGACCAGAAGCAAGUUGAAUGGGUUCAGACGUUUUACCAGGUCUCCCGUGACCUUGCAGAAUACGUCAAGCAAAACUUCCCGUCUGGUGUCAGCUGGAAUGCCAAAGGCGGCUCUGCUCAAGAUAUAAUUGAGUCGCUACAGCAUAAAAGCACAGCGCAGACUGCAUCGACCGCUGGAAGCGCUGCGGCGCCUCCUCCACCACCGCCGCCCCCUGGACCACCACCUGUGUUGGACAUCAAAGCUGAACCGGCUCAUGAUGCAUCCACAGCUUCUGGUGGGUUUGAUGCUGUAUUCUCAGAGCUGAAUCGAGGCUCAGCUGUCACCAAAGGUCUCCGGAAGGUUGAUAAAUCGGAAAUGACACACAAGAAUCCCUCAUUACGUGUUAGCAACUCUGGCGGGGAUCGGGAUGGCUCACAUCGAGGCAAAAGCCCCGCCCCUGGUAAAAAGCCCAAACCAGAAAGCAUGCGAGUGAAGAAGCCCGCGAAGAAGGAGCUUGUUGGCAACAAGUGGACGAUUGAAAACUAUGAAAAAGGGAGUGAGCCAAUUGAGAUUGAAGCCGCCCUAACUCACUCUGUGUUGAUCAGCAGGUGUAACAACACAACGGUAAUACUCAAGGGCAAAGCUAACCAAGUUACUGUGGAAAACUCAGCUCGCCUCUCCCUGGUUGUGGAUAAUUUAGUUGCCACAGUGGACGUCGUCAAAGCUCAAAAUUUCGCCUUGCAGGUUCUAGGGUCUCUCCCAACUGUAAUGCUAGACCAAGUCGAUGGUGGUCAGAUCUACUUUAGCAAGGAGAGCAUCGCAACCAAGGUCUACACGAGCAAGUCAUCUGGCAUUAACCUCAACAUUCUGUCGGGUUCGGAUGAUGAUUACAAGGAGGUGCCACUGCCAUCACAGAUCUGCUCAUACUAUGACGAGAGUAAGGAUGAUCUCGUAAAUGAGAUUGUCGCCCAUGCUGGUUAG